CAUUAGUUCAUUACACUAAAUAACAAUAGGCAUUAAAUCAUUAAAUAAUAAAUACUAAUUAGUAAUUUGUGUCAUGUUCAUUCAUUAUUAUUCAAAUUUCAGAAGUUCAAUAUAUUUCCUAUUUAUUUACGUCAGUCUGGAAGUUAAUUGAAGUGUUGAAUAAUUCGAUUUUAUUUAAAACUCGUGGUUCAUAUCAGACUGUACUUAAAAAUACUUCAAAUACCUUAAAUCACGGAUCAUAGACAAUAGACAUAUUGAAAUGUAGAAUAUCUAAAUCAUACAAAUUAUUUAAUAUUUAUAUUUUAAAAACAUUUAAAAUAAGUAUAUUUUAUGAGUAUAUAAUUUAUAUUUUAAGUCUUAUAGACUAAUUUAUUUGGAUGUAUCAUGUAUGUUAAAAACAGAUAUCAAACUUAAAUGUGUGCUUAUUUGUUAUUCAUUAAAAAUAACAUAAUAUUAUACACCUAUUUAUGUUAUGUCACAAAAUAAAGUGAUGCUUGUAGACAAAGAAAAGUAAAUAUAGCUGUUUUAUUAAGAGUAACAUUAUAUACAUACAUGCACAAUGUCUCAAAACGAAACGUUUGAAGAUGAAGAAAAUUUCAAGUCAUUAGUUUGUCGAAGAUUGGUUGAAUGUGGUUGGAUGGAUGAAGUAACCAUGUUAUGCAAAGAAAAAUUAAAAGAUCGUUUAUCUAAAGGACAAACAGUAAAAUCCAUUACUGAAGAAGAUUUAUUUAAUGAUGUUGCUCCUGAUGCUAGAAGAAUGUUACCAGAUACAAUAAAAAGAGAAUUAAAAGUAAAAGUACAAAAUAAAUUAUUACAAACAGCUGGAUAUUUUGAUGAAACGGAUAGUGAAUCAUAAUUCAACAUUCAAGUCUUAUCUUAUUAAGUAUAUUCAGCAAAUUUAAUAUUUAAUUUUUAUUAAAAUAAUUAUUUUUAGAUAAAAACAAA